CAGAACGACAUCAUUCAAACCAACGAGAACGAAGCACUAGAAUUAGAAGAAAGGCUGCUGUAGCAGGUGGCCAACAUACCUCAUUAUUAGCCAUGAAAGAAGCAUUAGUAGUACUCCUGAUGCUCAUCAUCUCCCCAGUGAAGGCAGCAGCGCUGUCAUCAGCCACUCCAUCUGAGCCUGCUCUAUCACUGCCAGGGUGUCCCGACAAGUGUGGCGACGUGACCAUCCCUUACCCCUUCGGCAUAGGCGAUGGCUGUGCAGCGACAAGUCGGAACCCCAGCUUUGCCGUGACCUGCAACAACACCUUCCAGCCACCACGGCCUAUGAUCUAUGCCCCUGCCAGCAACACUUCAACACCAAUGGAGGUCAUCGACAUCUCCCUGGAGCGUGGCGAGGUGAGCAUCUAUGCCCCCGUCGGCUAUAGCUGCUUCGAGCCAAACACCAAUACUCUGGACAACUACACCGGCGAGUUUAGCCUGGAAGGCACACCACUCAUCCUCUCAAGCACACGAAACCGCUUCAUGGCCAUUGGCUGCAGCGCCCUGGGGCUCAUCGGAGCCAGUGACCCUGAACCUUCUGUGGCUGGAUGCUUCUCAUACUGCGAGGGCAUCAACCAGACAUCAGAUGGAGCACCGUGCAGUGGGAAGGGGUGCUGUGAAACCGCCAUCUCACCCAACCUUACUGCCUUCCAGGCGGCAGUGGCGAAUGUUACCUUGUUACCGAGCUUCAACCCAUGCAUAUACGCGAUGCUUGUCCAGGUUGGGUGGUACAGCUUCAGGAGACAAGACCUUGUUGGGCACCUUGGGUUCGUAAACGAAAGAGCCAGUAGAGGUGUACCGGUCAUUAGUGAUUGGGCCAUUAGAAAUGGCUCCUGUCCAAAAGAAGGGAGAGUGGUGCCUCAAGAUUAUGCUUGUAUCAGUACAAACAGUUACUGUACGAAUGCAAGCAAUGGGCCAGGGUACCUGUGUAGCUGCUCCAAAGGUUACAAGGGAAAUCCUUAUCUUCGUGAAGGCUGCCAAGAUAUAAAUGAGUGCGAGAUGCGUAAUCAAGACCCGAAGUACAGUGCAUUAUAUCCAUGCAAAAAAGGGGUCUGUAUCAAUACUCCAGGCAGUUAUGUAUGCAGAUGCAGGAUAGGAACAAAAUCAGAUGGUAGAAAUUCUGGAUGCCAGCCUGUUCUUAGGCAGUCUGAACAAGUGAUUAUAGGCCUCUGUGUUUCUGCACUUGUGGUGACGUCUGUGACAUGCUUGUUAGUUAUGAAAUUACAACGGAGAAAGCACAUGAAGGAGAAGGAUGAAUACUUCAAACAAAAUGGUGGCCUGAGGUUAUAUGACGAAAUGAGAUCAAGACAAGUUGAUACUAUUCUUAUACUUACUGAGACAGAGAUUAAGCAAGCCACAGAGAACUAUAGCGACAAUCGUGUUCUUGGAUGUGGUGGUCAUGGAACAGUCUAUAGAGGAAUUUUAGAUGAUGGAAAAGAAGUUGCCAUAAAGAAGUCCAAAGUAAUAGAUGAUGACUGCCGAGAAGAAUUUGUGAACGAGAUAAUAAUAUUGUCACAAAUCAAUCACAGGAACAUUGUCAAGUUACUUGGGUGUUGCUUGGAGGUAGAUGUACCGAUGUUGGUGUAUGAGUUCAUUUCCAGUGGUACCCUCUUUGAGUUCCUUCAUGAAAAUGACCAAAGAUUAUCAGCCCCAUUGGAUCUUAGGUUGAAGAUUGCUACACAAUCAGCAGAAGCUCUUGCUUAUAUUCAUUCAUCAACUUCUCGUACAAUUCUCCAUGGUGAUGUCAAAUCCCUCAAUAUACUCCUGGACAAUGAAUACAAUGCAAAAGUUUCAGACUUUGGAGCUUCAGCACUGAAGCCCAUGGACAAAAAUGAUUUCAUUAUGCUUAUCCAAGGAACUCUUGGCUAUCUUGACCCUGAGGCUUUUGUCAGUCACCAUCUAACCGACAAGAGUGAUGUCUACAGCUUUGGAGUUGUUCUUUUAGAGCUAAUUACAAGAAAGAGGGCUAUAUACAUCGACAAUCAUAAUGAAAAGAAAUCACUAUCUCAUACUUUCAUACUAAGGUUCCACCAGAAUGAGCUCCAGGAUAUCUUGGACAGUGAAAUAGUAGAUAAUGAGGUUAUGGUUGUACUCGAGAAACUAGCAGAUCUCAUCAUGCAGUGCCUGAGUUCAACAGGAGAUGAGAGGCCAACAAUGAAGGAAGUUGCUGAGCGCCUACAAAUGCUGAGGAGACUGCAGAUGCAGCUAGUCACAAAAACAAACCCUAUCUGAGCUCAUUACUCUUAUGGAGGACCAGCGACAACUGUCACUUCGGACACGGAGACAGCCAAACUGGUGUUGGAUGUUGAUCUUGCCAGAUAAUAUGUGCAAGGUUGUUCUUUCUAAUGUAAUCCAAUAUGUAUAAAGGUUUUGUUGUAAGUAGUGGUUGUAAGUUCUGACAAUGAUGUUGUGUGGGCAUAUAUAUGUAUAGUUGCACUUCUAAAUUAUUAUGUCUACUGCAAAGUAUAAGUGCAUUUCUCAAGACAAAUUCUAGCAGAUUCAUUAGAAAAGCAGCAAUGAUUUCAUGCAUUUUUUCAAUUUAAAACAUUUUUCCUUUCCAGUAUUGACUUGUUCACAUGUUAGGUAGCUCAAUUUUUCUUUACACGUUUUUUUUAAAUAUAUCCUAUCAAAUGCCAACAAUAAGUCAUGACCAAAAUGGGGACUGUUGCUUGGGGCUCAAAUCAUGCGGAUCCUAAAUUCCUUUUGAGUAGGCUUUUCGGCUAAUGGAUUUCUUAGCCAUGGUCAUAUAACAAGACAUAUUGUGCACAAAUAGCUUUUCUUAUUCUAGUUUUUUUUCCCUAGAGCAGCUGAAUAGCCCUGUGGAUGUAGAGGCUCAAUGGAAAACUCAAAGCCUAUUCACAAUGCAUGUUACCUCUUUAAAACUACAGCUAAGCCGCAGAAAAGCGCAUAAGCAAAAGAACACAAACAAGUGGAUGUGCAUUUUGAACUACAAAUUUUAUGAGCCGAUGGCUUUAUAAGAUCAACUAGGUUCAGUAAAACAGAUUAAGAAAACUUUCUAUUAGGGUAAAUAGGAAUAAUAUCACAUUGUCUACCCACGUGGGGUGUUAGUCCUAUGUACCAUAUAUACCCAUGAGGCCCAGUGCAAUAUAAAUGAAUAUUCCACCAAUUCUAUUCUCCUACACGGUAUCAUGAAUCUAGGUUUAGAUCCUAACCCUAGCCGCCGCUACAUCGGGCCUUCUCACAACGCCGCUCCACCUCGUUGCCUCUCCAUGCUUGCCGUGGAGGACACUGGACGUUGGCCCAUCCCGUGCCACCGUGGUGGAGGCCCGGGCCAAGUCGACUCCAACACCGAGCUGCCCUGGCGGCGGCUGACUAAUCUGCGCCAUCCUCGAAGAUAUAUACAACCACUGUAGCACUGGUGACAAAAUGGUUGAUCAAAUCAAAUCAUAUAAAGUGGUUCCUUCAGUACCUUUAAACACAAAAGCAAAGUCGGUUUCAACCGUUUGUUCUUUCUAAUAUUUGCAAUUAUUUCAGUCUAGAGAUGUGUUCAGUAAUGUGCUAUAGAAGAAGGUUGUUUGGUUGGGAAUGCGAAGAGAAUUAUAUGGUUUGAAGUGUGCGAU